AUGGAUUCACCAGCAUCAUCAUUGUCAAAGAAGCGACGUCGCGACGAGGAGAGUGACAUGGCCAACCAGCACGAGCCUUCAGAUGGCAUUGCUGGCAACCCUCUCGACUUGACACCUCGAGCGAGUCAACUUGGCGGCCGGCUGUUUCGAGGUAAAUUCUAUGUUGAAGAACCUGAUGUGUCUUCCAACCUGUCUCGCGCCUCAUCGUCUAUAUCGCAUCACUCGUCAGCAUCUCAGCGUUGUUCUGUAUCAGGCCAAUCUUUACCAUCCAAGCAGGCCCGGAACGCCGAGUUGCAGAAGACUGGCUUUAAACCCGUGAGCGUUUCUCUCCAACAAGAUCAGCAGCUACUUUACCUCAAGGCCAUCUAUCGAGGAUUCACGAGGAUCGGUCAUGGAGAACAGCUGUUCCCAGACACCUUGCGGGGCCAACUCGCCGAAACCGAUAUGCCGGACUCUUCAUUUUAUAAUACCCUCGAACGAGUAGCCCAAUGUUCGGAUGAGCGGGAAGGUGAAUCUUCCUGGAACCUCGAAGCUCACGUGCCUCUUCUUGCAUGGGUCUUCCGCCGACAAAGCCAAAAGCCUCUCAUAGACUACAGAUAUUGCACUUCAGCCCAGAUCAUACAUGCAUUCAAACCCAAGAAUACCCCCUCGAAAAUAGUUGACUUUUGCAUCAUCGUCCGCCCCGGUGACGAUACUGACGAGCAAGACAUGAUUGAGAACCUCUGCUGCCAGAGACCUGGGCACCCAGUCGCCAUGUCUAUCGCGACAAAACGGCAUGGUGAGAACUGGGACACUGCGGUGUUGCAGCUGGGUACUUGGCACUCUGCUCAAUGGCGAAGCUUGGACUGGGGAAGAAGCAAGCGGGUUUCCAUCGACUUUUUGCCAGGUAUCAUCAUUCAAGGGCAUGACUGGCUGUUUGUGGCGACCAUUAUGAGGAACAACAAGGCGAUCAUGUACCACUCCAUCUCAAUUGGCGACACCAAGACGGUUCUUGACAUUUGUAAGCUUGUCAUCUCUGUGCAGUAUUUGCAGCAGUGGAUUGAGCGAACCUACUGGCCUGCAUUUCGCGCCGGGGUAUUGGCGACGGACGAGAAGGUUGAGAAUAGCACCUAG